CUGGGUUUUCACUCUUAUGUGAUUAUAUCAUUAGGACUUAUUGGACUCAGUAGUCAAUCAUAUCAUUAAAUGAUAUUUCUAUACUCAUCUGAUAUAACAAGAUGGGUACAGGGGCUUCCACGCAGGCUAAUUUAAUGAUUAGCCCUCGAGAGGAACUAGCGAGAAAGACAGCUCAAAAAAUCGGGGAUGAGAAGCCAGCACUGGAUUCUCAUCCUAUAGUCGAUUUGACUCAUGGUACUGUAAGAUAUAGAUCGAAAGAAAAUGCGGCUAUUUCUUCAGCCGACGAUCAUGGUAAAGUUAAAACAGGGUAUUUCUAUCACGCAAAUUUAGAAGGCUAUGAAAGAGGAAAAGCUUUGCCUGCGCAACAUAACUUUAAACUGCAUUACGUCACUAAAGGACCUGCUACAGACGGAAAUAAACAAUUACAUUAUGUAUAUGGAAUUGGUUUCAAUGCAAAAGAUUCUGGAAUAAGAAAGCAACCUUAUAAGCCGCAAGGGAAGGGAUACAAUUGGCCAAAGUCGUUCCGUGAUCCAAAUUGCCUAUACUAUCAGUUACAGUUUGCGGAACAAGAAGGUGAAGCUGAAUUCAAUGACAGUGAUAAUGAAGAUAUUGAAGAUAUAAAGUCUGUGAAUGUCGAUUCAACAGAGACUCUCAUUCCUGAAAUAAAAAUCACUGUAAGAGACACUGACACCGUUCAGGAUUUAAAGAAACGUGUCGCGCUAAGGAUAUUUAAGCCUAUAAAUCAGCUGCAUGUUCUACAUGAUAGCCUCGUUUUAAGCAACGAUAAGGUUAUUGGCAGCCUGAGAAAAGACGAACACGGAAAGUGGGAGAAGUUUACUGUUAUUUUGAAGUUGACAUAAUUGUAAAGGCGCCGUAUAUCGAUAACCAUAUAAUAAAGCUGUAGUUUAAAAUUUUUGUCAAGAUAAUGUUGGUAAACUUAUAGUUUAAGUUGUUAUAAGUCAGGAUUACACAAUAUGCUAGUUGUAGAA